AUGCGGCGAGGAAGGGCAUCGUCGACGCGGGCAGGUGCAUGGAGUGGCUGCAGUGCGGGGAGGUCGCCCGCGCGGAGGCGCUCGCGGCCUACCACCUGGGCAUGCUGGGCAUCGAGGAGCAGGGCGCCCCGAGCCGCGAGCGGGCGCAGCGGCUGCUCAUCUCCUCCGCGGAGAAGGGCGAGGCGGACGCCCAGUACAUGCUGGGGAACUGUUUCUUCCUCUAUGUACCUGGACUCCCCCGACACGGAGGAGUUCUCGGGCGAGAAGCGGGAGGCCGCUCGGCUGCUGACCCAGGCCGCCACGCAGGGCCACGGCCGCGCACAGGUCCUGGCGGGCAAGGUGCACAUGUUCGGCAUCGGCGUCGAGAAGGACGAGCCCAAGGCCGUCGAGUUUAUCACCCUCGCGGCCGAGAGCGGCACGAAGGAGGGCCAGUAUUUGAUGGGCUCGAUGCUGCUCGAGGGCAGGGUGGUCCAGUGGUUCGAGAAGGCUGCCCUGCAGGGCCACCAGAACGCGCAGUACAACCUCAGCCAAAUGCUCGCCACCGGCGACGGCAUCGAGAUGGACCGCAGCGUCCACGCGCCGCGGCGGAGCCGCCCGCUGGGGCCCGCGCUGGCCGUGCAGCAGGGCAACCAGCGCAAGCUCGUGCUUCUAGCUUGCGUGUUGAGGGCACUGAAACGUUCGGGGUUCGUGCCGCUGGCGGCGAACCCUUCGGAGCUCGUGCCAGGUAAGCUUCGAGCGCAGAAUCCGUCGUGGCUCGCGCUCUCAGCUUACGCUGCUUUUGCGUAG